AUGGGGAACACAGAGUCAUUGGAGGAGCAGGAGCGCUGGGGUCAAAGAUUUCUCAUUCUGCGCUCACACCCAAUUAUCCGUCUGAUUUCAGGUCCUGAACCGACUGCUGUUCCAGAGAAAGAGGAGACGGGAGUUGGGGAGGUAAAGGGGCCCGAGUCUCCUCCUCUUCAGGAACCUGAGUCUCCUCCCCCUGUCACUGAGAUCCCGUCAUACCAGGAGCCCUUUGAGAUCCCCCCAGAGGAGCCGCAGAGCUUGGGGGAGGAGCCAAGCCCAGGACUGCGCAGAAGAUUAGGGGCCGAUCUGGAGGAAGUGAGCUGCUCCAGCAGUGAUGAUGACGUGGAGGGUCUCCGGAAGCGUGCUGCGAGAGGAACUCCACCUACUAGUGUGGGACCCACCCUGAGAGAGUCCAUACAACAGGAGGAGGACUCCGGCUUCUCACUUACCGUCAAUAAAUGCAUCAUUGCUGCCGUGGCUCUGUUGGCCCUGGCUGGCCUGGUGUUCACAGGCGGCCUGGGAGGAGAUGAAGAUCUUCCUCAGACUGUGAUAACGCGCAGUGCAGGAGGUGAUAAGCAGCCAGAGACCAUUGCCGACAUCCAGGAGUGGCUCCAUCAACAUGCCGACCAAUUCACCGGAGAUCCAGACAGCCUUCAGGUUAUGAACGACCUUCUCGAUAAAGUUGCCAAGGAAAACCAAGAGAUUCGGCACAUUCAGGCCAAACUUCAGGCUCAGAAGGAGGAACUGGAAGUGUUGCUGCAUGGCGAAGACAAAGCCACUCAGGAGUCGCAACAGUUUAGAUUGACGAACGAGAAUGAGAGGCUAAAAGAGGCUCUUCUCCGAGAAGAGACUGGUCAUCUCUUUGCAAAGGAGGAACUGCAGACCCUGCAGGAGAAACUGGAGACCAUAGAGGCCAAUAAUGCAGAUAAGGAGGGCUUGACCUCUGAGAACACCCAGCUGGAAGCAGACCUGGAGGCCUCACAGAGCCAGAUUGAGGGAUUUCUGACUCAAAAGGAGACUCUGGUGGCAGAGUCUCAGAUGCUUCGUCAGGAGUUGGACAAGCUGCGGUCAUUGGUGGCCUCUAUCAGACAGGAUCUAGACAGCAUGACGUCCAACACCACUGAGGGGGGUGAGGAGAAAGGUUUACAAAGCCAAAUCAUGGAGAUGAGCAGCAGAUUGGCAAUGGAGGCUCAGAGGUCUGAGACAUGGGAGAAGACUUAUGUGGAGCAUGCACAGAAAAGGAAAGAACUUGUUGGGGAGGAGAAGAAACCCUUUGGUCGUAAAGAGUGGAAGAAAGGUGAUAAGCUGAGCAAAGGUUCAGAUUCAGCUACAGCCGGGGAGCAGUUAGGGAAGCCACAUUUUAAACAUGGCAAGGAACAUGGAAAAAGAUGGACAGAAGAUGGACAAACCGAAUCACAGCAUGAAGAAUGGAAGGGUAAAAAGCAUGAAGAUAAGCAGCAGGGGCGGGAAAAGAAGCAUCGGCACUGGGAGGGAGAGAAAACUGGGAUGGAAGAUAAAGAGCGUCAUCCACAUGAGUCUGAAGGCUGGAAGGACAAAGGCAAAGAUAACCAUUCAAAAGAGCCUUCCCAUGAUCCUGACAGUGAGAGAAACUGGAAGGACAAACACUCUCGCCAUCACCACGGAGAAGCAGGAAAUGGUUUCCAUCCUCGCAAGGGCCAGAAAGAGUUUUCAGAAGCCCACAAACAUGGAGAGGACAGGAAACGGGAACAUGGGGACAAAGCCCAUGGCAAAGAACACCGACACCAUGACCAUAACAAGUUCUGGAAGAAGCUCUCCGACCAUCAGUACCGAGUUCCAGAAGGAUGCUCCGGCCUGGAAGACUGUGCCCGUAAAGAUGGAAUUGACCUUUUCAACGUAGACCUGAAACCAGUUCAGAGGAAGCGAUUCGAAGAGAUCCUGCAGAACUACCUGACCAAGUCAGAUCUCUCGAAACACCUGCCUGAGCUGGUACCUCUUCUCGACGGCUUCUUCGACGGGCCUUACUUCUCCCACCAUAAAAUCCGCUUUAAGGACUUUGUGGAUGAUGUGGAGGACUUCCUAGAAGACUUGGCAAAGAAGGAGACUGGGGACGAUGACCUCGUGGAUGAUUUUGAGAGAUUUGUGUACACCAGCUUCUUUGGAGAUGCUGCUAUUAAGAAAAGAUCUAAAAAGAAAGAUGGCCACCGAAAGAGCUACAAAUUGGACCGCCAACACAAUCCCAAAAAACUGGAGGACACCUCCGAAUCUGAACUCAACCAAACUAACCCAAACUAUACAAACAAGAAAGGCUUCAAAGUAGAUGGAGAUAAUCAUAACUCCGAACCCUACAAGGGGAAGUAUAAGACGGAUGAAAAGGACAAGUCACCAAACCAUUAUUAUGACGAGGACAGAAAUGGUCAUGGAUGGAAGAAUCAUAAAAAGUAUGACAAAGAUGGAAAAUACCAUCAGAAAAGCCAUCAGGAAACAUCGGGACAUUACUUCAACCAGACCAGAGAUUCCGUUCAUGAGAUGGGAGAGUGGCAUCAUAAAAAGCCCAAGUACAACACCAAAGAUCACAAUCACGGUUACAGAUCCUACCAUGAAGACUACCAUGACCGAAAAGAGGAUGGUAAACAUUUUCAUGAGCAAAAACCUUAUAAAAAACGAGAGGAGCACAAAGACGGACAGGGACACCACUACCACAAGAACCAGUUUGAUACAGAAGACCUUGAACAUCCACGAGGAAAGCACAGACAUGAACACAAGCACAAAAACAGCCCAUCUUUUGUUGACCACAAUGAAGACACAGAAAAGCCAUUUCACCAUGAACAUAAGCCAUACGGGAGGAAACAGGAGAAAAAUGACAUUAUUGAGUAUUAUCGGUCACCAGAUGGUCACCACCAUGGAAACAAGCCAUGGAAGGAGGGAGGGGAUCAGCGACAUGAACACAAACCAUUGAAACAAGGGUGA